AUGGCGCCCACUCCUGCUCCCUAUCCUGGCGGCCACAAGCGCGGCCCUUGGUCACAAGCCGAGGAUACUCGUCUUUUGCUCCUCAUCGGUGAAAGCAACCAGCAUCCCAACUGGGUCAAGAUCUCCAAUGCCAUGGGCACAAGGACGCCCAAACAGUGCCGCGAACGCUUCCACCAGAACCUCAAGCCCGGGCUCAACCACUCGCCGAUCAGCCAGCAGGAGGGCGAGCAGAUCGAGGCGCUUGUUCGUGAGAUUGGCCCUAAGUGGGCUGAGAUUGCAAGGAUACUGGGCACGAACCGUUGCGACAAUGCCAUCAAGAACUGGUGGAAUGGUGCCCAGAAUCGUAGGAAGAGGGAGGAGAGACGCGAGGCCCGGGUUCAGCAGCUGGAACAGAUGAAGCAACAACAGCGCCAGCAACAGCAGCAGCAACAACAGCGCCAUCACUCUGUUUCGGGCCCCGUCUCGUACCGGACUCUCCCGGAUCCCAGGCGGACCUCGAUCACUCUGCCGCCACCAUACUCCCUCUCUCAUAGCAGCUCCAGCAGCAUCAGCAGUUACAGGAUCGAGACGCCGCUGCCUUCCCCCUCGCCCAUCUCCUUGCCCUCGGAGAGGGAGCUGUUCCAGACUCCGUCACAGCCUCAACCUCAGCCCCAGUACCAAUCAAGGCAGCGCAGCCCUCCAUCCUUCCCUCCGCUCAUGAUUCCGGGAGAGGGUGCCGUUCUCCCUGGGAGGGAUUGGACUCCUCCUCCCACAUCAAAGCUCCCCCCUUUGAACUCGAUAGUUCCUUUGCCCUCACCGGGGUCAGCCAGUCCUCAGGCUCCUGUCUCGCCUCGUCAGUACUACCACCAGCCUCAACAACAAGGCAUUGAUGCCUACCCCUCGAGGCACUGGCUCCCUACGGCACCGAAUUCUCCGGCCGAUGUUCAUCGGCCAGUCUCUAAGCCCAGGGAUGAGGAAUACAAGUCUAUCCCGGUAUCCUCACUGCUCGCAUAA